GGGACGUCAGCUUCAGGGUUGGCCGGACAUGUGGGUCUGCAGCGCGCUGUGCCGGGCGCUGACCCCGGCCAGGCUGCGGCGGGGGCUGCUCUCGGCUUCUCACUGCCACAGGGCUGCAGCCUCUCGCUACGCGGCGUCGGCCGAGCCCUCCCGGGUCCGGGCGCUGGUCUAUGGGAGCCACGGGGAUCCAGCCAAGGUCGUCGAGUUGAAGAAUGCGGAGCUCGCUGCCAUGGGAGGAUCCGACGUCCGGGUGAGGAUGCUGGCGGCCCCCAUCAAUCCGUCCGACAUAAACAUGAUCCAAGGAAACUAUGGCCUCCUCCCCAGGCUGCCUGCUGUCGGCGGGAACGAGGGCGUUGGACAGGUGGUAGCAGUGGGCAGCAACGUGACCGCGCUGAAGCCAGGAGACUGGGUGAUUCCGGCCGGUGCCGGUUUGGGAACCUGGCGGACAGAGGCCGUGUUUGGUGAGGAAGCGCUGAUCGGAAUCCCAAGCAACAUCCCUCUGCUGAGCGCAGCCACCCUGGGCGUCAACCCCUGCACGGCCUACCGGAUGCUGAUGGACUUUGAGCAGCUGCAGCCAGGGGACUCUGUCAUCCAGAACGCAUCCAACAGUGGAGUGGGGCAAGCAGUCAUCCAGAUCGCCGCAGCCCUGGGCCUGAGGACCAUCAAUGUGGUCCGAGACAGGCCUGACCUCCCCAAGCUGACCGACAGACUGAAGGACCUGGGGGCUGAGCAUGUCAUCACGGAAGAGGACCUGAGGAAGCCUGAAACGAGACACUUCUUCAAGGACAUGCCCCAGCCGCGGCUUGCUCUCAACUGCGUGGGCGGGAAGAGCUCCACAGAGCUGCUGCGGCACUUGGCGCCUGGGGGCACCAUGGUGACCUACGGCGGGAUGGCCAAGCAGCCUGUCAUAGCCUCUGUGAGCCUGCUCAUUUUUAAGGACCUCAAACUUCGGGGCUUUUGGUUGUCCCAGUGGAAGAAGGACCACAGCCCAGCCCAGUUCAAGGAGCUGAUCCUCACGCUGUGCGAUCUCACCCACCGAGGCCAGCUCCGCGCCCCUGCCUGCACUGAGGUCCCGCUGCAGGACUACCAGCAUGCCUUGGAGGCCUCCACGAAGCCCUUUGUAUCCACAAAGCAGAUUCUCACCAUGUGACCGUCCCAGAGAGGCAGACUGGAGCAGACGGGCAGACUGGCUGCAGGGCCCCGUCCGGCCCUGCUGCUCCUCACUGCCUCUUCCUGCCAGCAGGACUGUGAAGCCGGCCAAGGCUUCCCCACCAGCCAGCCUUAGGUUGUCUAAUAAAGUAUGAAUUUCCUAAAGACACAAA